AUGGUUAAUCCACUGAACCUCACUUCCAACUCAUUCUUCUUCAUCUUUACCUUAACCAUUCUCUAUGUAGCAUACACCUUUCCUAGACUCCAACCAACACAAACCAACCUCGUCUUCUACGUCCAUGACCACUUCACCGGCGAAGACUCCACAGCAGCCACUGUUGCUGGCAAAAUUGGACACACCUCAAGCAUCCUACGCUUUGGCACUGUGGCAAUAGUCGACGAUCCAGUAACAGAAGGACCAACAAUACAUUCUGCACUCAUCGGUAGAGCUCAAGGCGUGUACGUAAAUUCACAGCUCGAUGGCAAGGCAUUGUACAUGGUUUUCUCAGUUAUAUUUACAGCUGGUAAGUUCAGAGGAAGUACCUUAGAGAUUCAAGGAUCUGAUGUAUUUGCAUUGAAGGAAAGAGAAUUUGGAAUUGUUUCGGGGACUGGUUAUUUUCGGUUUGUUAAAGGGUAUGGAAUUAUGGAAACGGAGUUCAUGGAUUUAGUUAAUCUUAGAGCCACUCUUAAACUCAAUGUAACAGUCAAACAUUAUUAG